UAUACUGCUUGCGUUCGUCCAAAGUGAUGGGCAUGUUCGCGCCAGUUCUGAUCAUCCCAUCAACCUCGUGUGCGCAGUCAUCCAAGUCACACGAGAUGAAGAUCACGGUGCAGUCAUCCAAGUCCAUCAAGCCUGACUAUGGCGGCCACCGCCCGGUGGCUCCUCCGUUCACGGCGAACGCCGUCCCGCUCUCCGUGUUCGACAAGGCCAACUUGGACACGCAUGUCUCCGUCGUCUACGCCUUCCACCCGCCGGCCCCGCCCAACGACGUCCUCGAAGCCGGGCUCGCCAGGGCCCUCGUCGAGUACCGCGAGUUCGCCGGGCGACUCGCCCGCGACGCCGACGGCAGCCGCUCCGCCAUCCUCCUCAACGACGCCGGCGCGCGGUUCGUCGAGGCGACGGCCGGCGUGUCGCUCGGCAGCGUGAUGCCGCUGCAGCCCACUCCCGCGGUGCUGAGCCUGCACCCGAGCGGCGGCGACGAACUGAUGCUGGUCCAGGCCACGCGGUUCGCGUGCGGGUCCCUCGUCGUCGGCAUCACCGUGCACCACAAAGUCACCGACGGCCGCGGCUUCUGCAACUUCAUCCUCGCGUGGGGCCAGGCCACGCGCGGCGCCGCCGUCGACCCCGUCCCCGUGCACGACCGGCCGGCCUGCUUCCUGCCGCGCAGCCCGCCUAUGAUCGAGCACGAGCACCGCGGCGUCGAGUUCAAGCCACACGACGCCCGCAAGGACCACGACGCCGGCGGCGGCUGCGACGGAUACGGCGAGGUGGUGGUGGUAGAGAGGGUGCACUUCAGCGCGGAGCGCAUCGCGGAGCUGAAGGCGCAGGCGUCGGCCGGGGCGCGGUACAGCACGGUGCAGUGCGUGCUGGCGCACCUGUGGCCGUGCGUGACGCGGGCGCGCGGGCUGGGCGGGCGCGACGCCACCGCCCUGCUCAUCGGAGUGGACGGGCGAAGGCGGAUGAGCCCGCCGGUGCCGGACUGGUACGCCGGCAACGUGGUGCUCUGGGCGCGGCCGACAGCCACCGCGGGGGAGCUCGUGGACAUGCCGCUGCGCCGCACGGCGGAGCUCAUCGGCCGGGCGGUUGCGCGGGUCGACGACGCCUACUUCAGGUCCUUCAUCGACUUCGCCUGCUCCGGGGCCGUGGAGGCAGAGCGGCUGGUGCCGAUGGCCGACGCGGCGGACAUGGUGCUGAGCCCGAACGUCGAGGUGAACAGCUGGGUGCGACUCCCGCAUUACGACCUGGACCUGGGCGGCGGCCGGCCCUUCCUCUUCAUGCCCAGCUACGUGCCGGUGGAGGGCGUGGUCUUCCUCGUGCCGUCUUUCGUCGGCGGCGGCAGCGUGGACGCCUACGUUUCGCUCUUCCGCCACGACAGGGAUGCCUUCAGGAACUGCUGCACGUCCGGCCUCUCAAAACUCUGAUUUUUACUGCCAGUCACCUAGUACCUCAUUUCCGGUUCGAUCAUAAGUCUUGCGCGUAUCCUUAUGUCUAUAAUUUGAUCAGUAUAAAAUGAGUUGUAUAGUUGUAUUGUAUAAUCUAAAAAU